UAUUUGUUUGUUUUUAGAAGGGUGUGGCUUUUCUCACAAUGCAGGAGAUCGGAGGGAACCCUACACGCAUGUAUCACUAUAAAAUUGGAAAACAUCUCGCUGCUUCACAGGCGCGAUGGCUUUGGGCUAAAUACUCCACAGACUGGAGUUCCGAAGGCCAUGCAGAGUACCUUCGCGAGGAUCAGACCUGCGGCCAUUUAACGGAGAAAAAGCUACAGCCUUAGUUAUUGGACAUUCGUGAUGAGCCUAAGGGAAGACGAUUCAAUGACUGCAGUGUUUGAGGAGUACAGAUGUUGCUGAACUGCUUUGAGUUUGUGAAUAGCGGUAUCGAGGAACUGAGACAGAUACAUAAGAAACGUUUGGGGAAUUGUUUUCCAGGACUCAGUGAGGGUUGCGAAGGGGGUCCGGAAUGUUGUCCAGUUGCAGUCAGGAUUUCACGGGUUAAAGAAUGUGCCUAUGUCACAUCAUGCGUUGGAAACUCCUCCUCCUUUCUGUGAGGUGAAGAUUUUUGAAAAUCACCCCACAUUAAACUCCUCCCCCUCAUCGAAGCCGCACAUUGAAAUUCUGCAAAUAACUCCUGCCUCCCAAGCAUUUCUCAUACAGACGUGCUAAGUCACGCCUGGGUUUCAUCGGAAAAUUUAAAGCCCAGUUAGGACCAACUGUGGGAAUAGGACACAAUAGAACCCGGGGGAAAGGAAGCUAGCCCAAACCGGGAGAAGGAAGCAUGAAAGUACCACGAGCUUUAGAUGUAUUGUUGAGUUCAGGGCUCUUUGUCAUUCUGAUUCUACCUACUGCUACGAAUGCAGUGGACAAAUGUGAGAGGAAUGAAUUCCAGUGCCUGGAUGGAAAGUGCAUCUCCUAUAAGUGGGUCUGCGAUGGUACUGCUGAGUGUAAGGACGGAUCAGACGAAACUCUGGAGACCUGCUCAUCUGUGACCUGCAAACAAGGAGAGUUCAGUUGCGGUGGCCGCAUUAAUCGCUGCAUUCCCUCCACCUGGAAAUGUGACUCCCAUGAUGACUGUGAAAAUGGUUCAGAUGAACAAGAUUGCCCCCCUAAGACUUGUGCCCAUGACCAGUUCCGAUGCCAUGAUGGAAAAUGCAUCUCCCAAGAAUUUGUCUGUGACACGGACCGGGACUGUACGGAUGGGAGUGAUGAGCUGAAUUGUCCAGACCCCACCUGCAAUCCGGCCACGUUCCAGUGCAACAACACUAUCUGUAUCCCGAAGCUAUGGGCCUGUGAUGGUGAUGAGGACUGUGAGGACGGCUCCGAUGAAUGGCCUGACAACUGUGGGGGACACAACUUGGUCAAGGAGUCCAAGCCUUGCUCCUCUCUGGAGUUCCACUGUGGCAGUGGAGAGUGUAUCCACAUGAGCUGGAAGUGUGAUGGCGGUUUUGACUGCAAGGACAAGUCUGAUGAAGAAGGAUGUGUCAAAGCCACUUGCCGCCCAGAUGAGUUCCAGUGCAAUGAUGGGGAGUGUGUCCACGGGAGCCGACAGUGCAACAAGGAAUAUGACUGCAAGGACAUGAGCGAUGAGAUGGGCUGUGUCAACGUAACACUGUGUGAGGGCCCGGACAAAUUUAAAUGUCACAGUGGAGAGUGUAUCUCUUUUGACAAAGUGUGUAAUGGACCCAGAGACUGCCGGGACUGGUCUGAUGAGCCCAUCAAGGAGUGUGGAACCAAUGAGUGUCUGGACAACAAAGGUGGAUGCUCACAUAUAUGUAAUGACCUCAAGAUAGGCUAUGAAUGCCUGUGCCCUGAAGGCUUCCGGCUGGUUGACCAGAAAAGAUGUGAAGAUAUUGAUGAAUGUCAGAACCCAGACAUCUGCAGCCAAUUCUGUGUGAAUCUCCAGGGAAGUUACAAAUGUGAAUGCAAUGAAGGCUACCAAACUGACCCGAUCACAAAGACCUGCAAGGCCAUUGGCACCAUUGCCUACCUCUUUUUCACCAACCGCCACGAAGUGAGGAAGAUGACUCUGGACCGAAGUGAAUACAUUAGCCUCAUUCCAAACCUGAAGAAUGUUGUAGCCUUGGACAUGGAGGUUGCCAGCAAUAAGAUCUACUGGUCUGACCUCUCACAGAAGAAGAUCUAUAGCUCUGAGAUUGACAGUGCCCACAGUUUUUCCACUCAUGACACCGUGAUCAGUGGGGAUAUCCAGGCUCCAGAUGGCAUUGCAGUUGACUGGAUCCAUGGGAAUCUCUACUGGACAGACUCUGUCCUUGGUACCAUUUCUGUAGCCAAUACUAAGGGCUCCAAGAGGAAGACACUUUUCAAGCAGGAAGGCGCAAAACCACGGGCCAUUGUGGUAGACCCAGUUCAUGGCUUCAUGUAUUGGACAGACUGGGGAACCCCUGCCAAAAUUGGGAAAAGUGGUCUGAAUGGAGUUGACAGCUUCCCCCUGGUGACAGAAAAUAUACAGUGGCCCAACGGAAUCACUCUUGAUCUUUCCAGUGAACGUCUCUAUUGGGUUGACUCCAAACUCCACUCCAUCUCCAGCGUGGAUGUCAAUGGUGGAAAUAGGAGGAUUGUAUUAGAGGAUAAAAACAAACUUGCACACCCAUUCUCCUUGGCAAUCUUUGAGGAUAAAGUCUUCUGGACAGAUAUUAUGAAUGAAGCCAUUUUCAGUGCGAAUCGCCUCACGGGAUCCGAUAUCAUUUUGGUGGCAGAAGAUCUGUUGUCUCCUGAGGACAUUGUUCUCUAUCACAACCUCACCCAGCCUACAGGGGUGAACUGGUGUGAGAAGACUUCUCUUCCCAAUGGGGGCUGCCAGUAUCUGUGCCUUCCAGCUCCCCAGAUCAACUCUCACUCCCCCAAAUUCACCUGUGCCUGUCCUGACGGCAUGGCCCUGGCUGCAGACAUGAAAAAGUGUACCAAAGAAGCGACUGUACCUGCUACUUCUACCACUAAAUCGACCACUCUUGCCCGGUUAGUAACAACUGUAACAACUCGGAAGCCUACCACCAAAAAUGGCACUCCUGAUCUCACAACAGCAGAAAUGGUUACAAUGUCCCAAAAAGCAGUUCAAAAUCCAAUGGGCAUGCAAGACACUCCAGAACAUCAAGGUGGAUCCAAAGCUCUAUACGUUGUUUUACCAUUAGUUCUGAUCUCUCUGAUUUGCUUCGGCGCAUACGUGGUAUGGAAGAAAUGGCGACUCAGGAACAUCAAUAGUAUAAAUUUUGAUAAUCCUGUCUAUCAAAAGACCACAGAGGAUGAAGUUCACAUCUGUAGAAGUCAAGAUGGCUACACAUACCCCUCGAGACAGAUGGUGAGCCUGGAAGACGAUAUUGCAUGAACAGUUGCCACAAGAAGUGCCUCUUACCAAAAGUUGCUGCUUAUUUAUGGAAGGGAAAUGCCUUUUCUUUCCUUAUUCCUUUAUGAACUGCUCACCUCCCAGGGCAGCCACUGCUGCUACUUCCUAAGGGACCUAACUGAUUCCUCCUACCUAAAGAAAGAAGAGAAAGCAAAAAACAAACAAACAAAGCCAUUACUCCCAGUCACCCUCAGAGGAACGGCCUCUGUUGCUGGUGUCUGGGCUAAGCUGACUGUCUGCUUGAGGUUUUGUUUUAUAUAUUUAUUCAUCUUGGAGGCAAGGCAGUCAAGCUUCUGUUGGGAUCCCUUGAUCCCAUCAAAUGGGUUUUGUUGGUAAUUUCCCUUACGUGUGAAGGAGAAGAGAAACAGAAAACGCGCUGGAGGUGAUUCUCUGGAUGUAAGGUUGCAAUAUUUCUCUGGUGGGAUUUGGAUGCUUCCUCUACUACAGUCCUGGAUAAAAGAUUCAGUUAUGUAGAGACUUGGGGACUGAACUAAAAGCACAGCGGCUUCCAGCUAGAAGCAGGUGCUACUCCUGGUCAGGUGCUGCACCCCAUCCCUCCCCCAGUCCCUUUAUCUCAGGAGUGAAAGUGUUUACUUCUACCUUGGAGUUCUUGGUAGACAACCUGACACCACCCUCCCCUAAUCCCAAACUUCUAAGCACAUCAGUGCUCUUCUUUUAAGCCAUUAAAUUGCCUCAGAGGUGACUUGUAAACAAACAUGGGGUUACCUUGGGCUAAAACGAGCCUAACCUCUGUCACUUAACCACUCAUCUACAGUACUUUCUGCUCAUUCAUUGUAUAAUAUUCUACAAUGUGCCAGACACUAUCAGGUGAACUCCUUCUGGACCAUUUUGGUCUUAGGAGUUCAUAGUCUGUCAUUAUAUGAAGUUUUUUGUUUGGGGAUUUUUUAUCCCCACUCGACAUUUCUUUCCCUCUCAUUCACCCUUCUUCCUUUUCAUAGGUGAAUUUUGUAUCUCUCUUCUCUCUCUCUCUUUUUUUUUUUUUUUUGCACUUUUUCAGUUCAGGGUUGUAUAUUUGUAAAUUUUAUAUUUUAUUAUGAUUUUGCACUGUUCCCUUUGUAUAUAUUAUUUUGACUAAUAAUGAGGGCUUGGCCAGGAUGACCAAUUUCAAACUGCCAACAGAAAGAUUUCAUUGUAUUUGUGAAUUCGCAGUAUUUUGUAUACUGUUCAGUAAAUGAGAAGGGGUGAGUGUGUGUGUAUGUGUGUAUGUAUGCGAGUGCUUCUGAAUAUUUCCAAAUGAAAAAAUUAAUCAGGAAAGCCAAGUCAAGACUUCGUUGUUUAAAAUACAGUUUAAAAUUGCCAUCUUUUAUCUUUCUAGCUCACAUCUAAUGAAUUAUUUGAAAAGUCUGCUCCCCUCGUGUUUCUUACAAACCUUCUAGACUGCACAAUUGAAUACAUUGCUUCACUUAGGGAGAUGUGCUGUCUUAGCACAUCUAAAUCAGUGCCCUUUGCCCAGAAUAUUUGCAUAGGACUGGCACACUUUAUGCUGAGCUAUAUAUUUUCAAUUAGAAAUCUUUUGGAAAGAAUAGCAGCAGCCAGCCUUUCUACUGUUUGCCUUGCACUUCAGGGGCCCUGAAUAAAUAUUUGUUGAACAUAACACUGGAGAGAGCCAGGCGAACUCCCAUCAUUCCUGAUUGGUGAAUGUUUGUUCACCCUUUGCCCCGACCCUUUCCUUUUCAGUUUAAAGAAAGUAGGAGUAAACAGGACAUAAAGACUAGAAUAGAAAAAGAUAUAAAGCACUACAACCUUCUAUUGCCAGAAGCUGUGAAAGACAUUCUGAAGCCUGUAAAUAAAAUCAUGUACAGUCAGUAGGUUAUUUGUUUGUGUAGUAUUUUUUUUUGCACACAAUAUGUCUUUUUGUGUAUUCUGUGUAUAUUUGGGUGAGACCACUAUCGCUCAUUUUUUAAAAAUCACUUUAUUUAUUUUUUUUAACUUCUUGGGGCCCCCUCCACAUCUACGGUAAUUUUUUUUUCCGGGGUCUUUCUUCUCAUCCUAUAUCUAAAGAUAACUUUUGCACCGCUGUGGCUGAUGCUUCCUGGGGAAAUGGCAUUUGCACACACACAUGAAACACUGAUCGCUUUUGUAAUGGGUGGGUGUCAGACUUUUUAAACAACUAUGUACAAAAUGUUUUUGUAGCCUGAUUGUCUUACUGUGAUCAAUUAAAUUUCUUAAAUGCAAA